AUGAUUACAAGGAAACAGAUAGGAGUUUGUGCAAGAUGUGCUGGUAUCAGAGGGUAUUCAAAGGUUCCUAAGAUUCCAGAAGAGGAAGAAAAAAAUAAUUCACAGCAGAAGGAUGAUAAGAAUUCUGCGCUUGUCCAGCGGUUCACCCAGAUAUUGGAGAGUAAGCUCUCGGAGACGUCACCUUCAUUUAUCAAUAAAGAUCCCAAAUUGAAAGAGAUAUAUAGCAAGUAUUCUGUUGAUUCAGAUAAGCAGUUUAAGAUGGCAUUUCAGAAAGAAUUAUCGCAUUUGAAAAGUGAAUCAAUACUCAAUCGUAAUAGACAUGCGAAAGAUAUUGCUGAUACAGUGGCAAAUAAACCUUGGGAUGGAACGGAAUCAGUCCACGAUGUCAACUUACGGAUGCUUCUUGAUCUGAAGCCGCCACCAGUUAAAUACCAGAAAACUAUUAUCACUCCACCAAUGAGUAUCAAGGAUAGGAUUGAAAAUGCCAAAGAAUCUAGUUUGGACUAUAAGAUCGGUAACACUAAAAAGGAGGAUGAUAAUUUCAGGGAGCUCUAUAAGGAGAAAUUAUUAGGCCCUUCGAUGUUUCUUAAUUCUUCUUCUCCCCACACAUUACUUGGGAUGGCCACUACAUUGGCAGAUGCAAAAAUAAAUGCUAGCAUUAAUCACGAUACGGGACAUUUUAAUGAUACUGGUGAUAUGUCUAGUGUAAGAGGCAAGCCAUUAGAUAGGGAACAUUUGAGAAACUGCACUGACACAAAUUAUUUCAUGAAUCAUAUACUAAACAAGCAAGAGGUUUUACCACCUUGGAUAGAUAGUCAACAAAGCAUAGAUCGACAAAUUAUUGAUUUUCGAAAAACGAUAGAUAAUGAAUGGUUUAAAUUUUUAUUUUAUAACUUAAAGCCUGCGUCGAUAUCUCGAGAUGCAGUUUUGAGUAGAAUCGAUAAAAUUAGUGGAAAUCCAUCUAACUACUAUGAUAGCGAGUUCUAUUCCCGUCAAUUACCCUACGUUAUAGAGAAAACUAAAGCAUUGAAUAAUUUGAUACGUGACUAUAAUUUACAAUCUCCUUCAUCUAGUAUACACAAAUUUAAAUUAAGACCCGAAAUAGAAUUACGUAAACUGUAUGAUAGAACUGUUUCAACUUUACGUGAUCAAGCUUUAGCAUGGUAUGAAAAUGAAGAGGCUGCGAAACAGAGACAGUCAAAUCCGAAGAAUUACAAAAGUGAAAGUAUGUUCGGAUUGUUUGAUAGUAAUGGCGGCAGUGGGGGAGGUAGCAGUAAUUCGAAUGCCAAUGGUGUAAGACAAAGGGUGCCUGAAAAACUACAUCUCUGGAAAUCAAUUAAAGAAAUGUUUAAGUAA